CCAACAAACACUUGACAACCAACAAGGAGCAACACUCCAAUCCCUAGGACAAUGCACCUAGUGCUGCUGUUAGUUGCUCUCUGCAGCUCAUGUCUGGCCUUCCCAACUAAGAACCCGGAUGUGAUACAGACAGAACCAACUGAGAGGAAACAAACAGCCACAGCUGGGGAAGAAAAGAAGAGUGUAUUUGAAAGACUCCAUGAAGUCAACAAACAUACUCCAACUUUGACUGGAAAAUACAUCAUCAGCCAGCUGGAUAUUGCCUCUAGUGUGAGCAGAAGUUUCAACUUUUGCCCCCAGGGAAUUUGCCUGUGGCCUAUAUCCUCAGAUGGACUUGUGCGCAUCCCCUAUGUUAUUUCUGCUGAUUACACACCAUAUGAACAAGCCCUGUUUGAAGCAUCUUUCAAAGACUUUGCGGACGAAACUUGCAUCCGUCUUGUGCCGCGCACAUCAGAAACCAACUACUUGAGCUUUGAGUCUUUGAAUGGAUGCUGGUCCCCAAUAGGAAGAGUUGGGGGUGCACAGACUGUCUCCCUGCAGAGAUCUGGGUGCAUGUGGGCAUCGGUCAUUGAACAUGAGAUUAUGCACUCCCUUGGGCUUCAUCACGAGCAUGUGAGGAAUGACCGGGAUAAAUACGUCAGUGUUCAAUGGAACAAUAUCUCACCUGGAUAUCAAGGGAAUUUCCAGAUGACUUCUACCAACAACAUGAUUCUGACAAAGUAUGAUUAUGAAUCUCUCAUGCAUUACUCAAGAACUGCAUUCUCAAUCGAUGGCUUCCUCCCAACCCUUGUUGCCGUACCAGACCCAAAUAUCCCAUUAGGAAAUGGAUAUAUGAUGAGUGAUCUGGACAUUAUGAAACUCAAUACUCUGUAUAAAUGUGCACAGCCGAAACCAAAUCAGAUUUCUCAAGAAGAAAUAAAAGUGCAAGACAAGCCGUCCCUCACCACAAUGGCCAGACCAACCACCACCACUCCCACAGCCACCACUAGCACUCCCAAGACCACCAUUACCACAACCACUACUAAUCCAACAACCACCACAACCAUCACAACUAACACUAAUACCAAUCUAAAUGCACUUUUAUCUAAUGUUUGUGGAGGAACUUUAAGUGGACCAUCUGGUGUCAUCACAUCACCUAACUAUCCUAAUAAUUAUCCCAAAAAUGCCUACUGCCACUGGAACAUCACCACCACCUCACAGUUUACUAUCACAUUCACAGGCAUGGACGUGGAAGAUAUUCCAUACUGUAUAUGGGACAGUGUAAAGGUGUACAAUGGUCCAAUCAUAAACAAUGCAUUCCUUAUUGGAACUUACUGUGGUAAAAACCUACCCUCACCGAUCACAUUCUACAAUAUGUCAGUGCAGAUUGUGUUUGCCAGCGAUGCUAUUGUAGAAAGGAAAGGAUUCAGCCUGGAGUACCAUACAGGUGAGGCUUAGAUUACUAGUUCUACUGAUUUUCCUCUAGUUUGGACAGGUGUGGCCCUUCAAAUGAUUGUUAUGACCCACAGCCUGCUCAUGGGAGUCACUGAAAUAUUGUAUGACACCAUUGGCUCACAAACUGUGGGACUUGGCUUUCUAGGGAGGUCCCAAGCAGUAAAUGGGAUGGUCUGGCAUGAAGCCCAGUUAGGGUGAGAUUUGAGGUUGAAUGCUUAUUAACAAGCUUGGAUAGUACUGGAAGAAUGACUAUACAACCAUCUAUAACUGUGUUAAGAGCUAAGGUAGAGCCAGGCUAAAUGUUUGCUUCUGAGGGGUGGUCUGAAGGUUCUAGAUCAGCGAUCCCCAGCCAGUGACAACCCCUUUGGAUGUUGCUUCCAGUAGC